AAGGACGUCAUGGAGGAGAAUCGUGGGAUCGUGGCCUCUCUUGAUUGUGAUGAAACGGAAAUCGAGAACAAAGGUGACCACGACAAAAUCCCCAGAAAGGAGAAGCCACACAAAAAUUUGGAGUGUGGAGAAAGCUGCAGUCAGAGCUCCCAUUCUACUUCCCAUCAACAAAAUGUCAUUGGAAAGAAACUCUAUCAGUGCAUGGAAUGUGGAAAGCGCUUCAGUCAGAGCUCCCAUCUCAAUUCCCAUCAAAGAAUUCACACAGGGGAGAAACCCUAUCAGUGUGUGGAAUGUGGAAAGAGCUUCACUGAUAGCUCCUCUCUCACUUCCCAUCAAAGAAUACAUACAGGGGAGAAACCCUAUCAGUGUGUGGAAUGUGGAAAGAGCUUCACUGAUAGCUCCUCUCUCACUUCCCAUCAAAGAAUUCAUACAGGGGAGAAACCCUAUCAGUGUGUGGAAUGUGGAAAGAGCUUCACUGAUAGCUCCUCUCUCACUUCCCAUCAAAGAAUACAUACAGGGGAGAAACCCUAUCAGUGUGUGGAAUGUGGAAAGAGCUUCACUGAUAGCUCCUCUCUCACUUCCCAUCAAAGAAUUCAUACAGGGGAGAAACCCUAUCAGUGUGUGGAAUGUGGAAAGAGCUUCAGUCAUAGCUCCUCUCUCACUUCCCAUCAAAGAAUUCAUACAGGGGAGAAACCCUAUCAGUGUGUGGAAUGUGGAAAGAGCUUCAGUCAGAGCUCCUCUCUCACCUCCCAUCAAAGAAUUCAUAAAGGGGAGAAACCCUAUCAGUGUGUGGAAUGUGGAAAGAGCUUCAGUCAUAGCUCCUCUCUCACUUCCCAUCAAAGAAUUCAUACAGGGGAGAAACCCUAUCAGUGUGUGGAAUGUGGAAAGAGCUUCACUGGUAGCUCCUCUCUCACUUCCCAUCAAAGAAUUCAUACAGGGGAGAAACCCUAUCAGUGUGUGGAAUGUGGAAAGAGCUUCAGUAAGAGCUCCUCCCUCACCUCCCAUCAAAGAAUUCAUAAAGGGGAGAAACCCUAUCAGUGUGUAGAAUGUGGAAAGAGCUUCAGUAAGAGCUCCUAUCUCACUUCCCAUCAAAGAAUUCAUACAGGGGAGAAGCCCUAUCAGUGUGUGGAAUGUCGAAAGAGCUUCAGGAAGAGCUCCUCUCUCACGUCUCAUCAAAGAAUUCAUACAGGGGAGAAACCCUAUCAGUGUGUGGAAUGUGGAAAGAGCUUCACUGAUAGCUCCUCUCUCACCUCCCAUCAAAGAAUUCAUACAGGGGAGAAACCCUAUCAGUGCAUGGAAUGUGGAAAGAGCUUCAGUCAGAGCUCCUCUCUCACUUCCCAUCAAAGAAUUCAUACAGGGGAGAAGCCCUAUCAGUGCAUGGAAUGUGGAAAUAGCUUCAGUCAGAGCUCCCAUCUCACUUACCAUCAAAGAAUUCAUACAGGGGAGAAACCCUAUCAGUGUGUAGAAUGUGGAAAGAGCUUCAGUCAGAGCUCCCAUCUCACUUCCCAUCAAAGAAUUCAUACAGGGGAGAAACCCUAUCAGUGUGUGGGAUGUGGAAAGAGCUUCAAUCAGAAAUACAGUCUCACUUCCCAUAAAAGAAUCCAUACUGGAAAGAAACUAUAUCAAUGCAUGGAAUGUGGAAAGAGCUUCAGUCAGAGCUCCUCUCUCAUUUCCCAUCAAAGAAUUCAUACAGGGGAGAAAACUUUUCAGUGCUUUGAAUGUGGAAAGAGCUUUAGUCACAGCCACAGUCUCACUUACCAUCAAAGAACUCAUACAGGGGAGAAACCUUAUCAGUGUGUGGAAUGUGGGAAAAGCUUCACUGAUAGCUCCUCUCUCACUUCCCAUCAAAGAAUUCAUACAGGGGAGAAACCUUAUCAGUGUGUGGAAUGUGGAAAGAGCUUCACGCAUGGCUCCUCUCUCACUUCCCAUCAAAGAAUUCAUACAGGGGAGAAACCCUAUCAGUGUGUGGAAUGUGGAAAGAGCUUCAGGAAGAGCUCCUCUCUCACGUCCCAUCAAAUAAUUCAUACAGGGGAGAAACCCUAUCAGUGUGUGGAAUGUGGAAAGAGCUUCAGUCAGAGCUCCCAUCUCAAUUCCCAUCAAAGAAUUCAUACAGGGGAGAAACCCUAUCAGUGUGUGGAAUGUGGAAAGAGCUUCAGUCAGAGCUCCUCUCUCACUUCCCAUCAAAGAAUUCAUACAGGGGAGAAACCUUAUCAGUGUGUGGAAUGUGGAAAGAGCUUCACGCAUGGCUCCUCUCUCACUUCCCAUCAAAAAAUUCAUACAGGGGAGAAACCCUAUCAGUGCAUGGAAUGUGGAAAGAGCUUCACUCAUAGCUCCUCUUUCAGUUUCCAUCAAAGAAUUCAUACAGGGGAGAAGGCCUAUCAGUGUGUGGAAUGUGGAAAGAGCUUCACACAUAGCUCCUCUCUCACUUCCCAUCAAAUAAUUCAUACAGGGAAGAAGCCCUAUCAGUGUGUGGAAUGUGGAAAGAGCUUCACUCAUAGCUCCUCUCUCACCUCCCAUCAAAGAAUUCAUACAGGGGAGAAACCCUAUCAGUGCGUGGAAUGUGGAAAGAGCUUCACUGAUAGCUCCUCUUUCACUUUCCAUCAAAGAAUUCAUACAGGGGAGAAGCCCUAUCAGUGUGUGGAAUGUGGAAAGAGCUUCACGCAUAGCUCCUCUCUCACUUCCCAUCAAAGAAUUCAUACAGGGGAAAAACCCUAUCAGUGUGUGGAAUGUGGAAAGAGCUUCAGGAAGAGCUCCUCUCUCACGUCCCAUCAAAUAAUUCAUACAGGGGAAAAACCCUAUCAGUGUGUGGAAUGUGGAAAGAGCUUCACUCACAGCCACAGUCUCACUUCCCAUCAAAGAAUUCAUACAGGGGAGAAACCCUAUCAAUGUGUGGAAUGUGGAAAGAGCUUCAGGGAUAGCUCCUCUCUCACGUCUCAUCAAAUAAUUCAUACAGGGGAGAAACCAUAUCAGUGCAUGGAAUGUGGAAAGAGCUUUACAUGUAGCUCCUCUUUCACCUCCCAUCAAAGAAUUCAUACAGGGGAGAAACCCUAUCAGUGUGUGGAAUGUGGAAAGAGCUUCCGUCAGAGUGCCCAUCUCACUAAGCAUCAGAGAAUUCAUACAGGGGAGAAUCCCUAUCAGUGCUUUGAAUGUGGAAAGAGCUUCAGUCAGAGUGCCCAUCUCACUAAGCAUCAGAGAAUUCAUACAGGGGAGAAACCCUAUCAGUGUGUGGAAUGUGGAAAGAGCUUCAGUCAGAGUGCCCAUCUCACUAAGCAUCAGAGAAUUCAUAUAGGGGAGUAACCCUAUCAGUGUGUGGAAUGUGGAAAGUGCUUCAGUGAAAGCUCCUCUCUGUUUUCCCAUCAGUUAAUUCAUACAGGUUAGAGAGAAAAAGGGGACGUGGCCUACAUACAUAGAUUUGCUGAAGGGAAAUGGUAAUUAAAAGAAUAUGAGGAAAUAAAAGAUCAUUUGCAGAGUUGGUUAUACUACAGACAAUUACAUGAGCUAUACAAGGAAGGUAAUAAGAAAAGGUUUAGUUAUACAUUUUCUAGAUUUCAACAGAAAAUUAUAGAAGUGCAGGUGCUGAAGAAAGUGUAUAGUAUUUUCAUAGAAUCAUAGAAUCAUAGAGUUGGAAGAGACCACAAGGGCCAUCGAGUCCAACCCCCUGCCAAGCAGGA